UUGGACGAGGACUUGACCUUCGAUGAGGAGGCAGUGGGCGUGGCCAGAAUCCGCCGCGAGGCCGAGGUGGCGCCCGUGGCUCCGCCCUAUCAGGAGGUCCCCAGCGCGAAGGCGGCGCUGACGAAGAGGCAGAGCGGAUGGGGCUUCUGGGGCAGCAGCUCUGACGACGAGGAUGACGUCGGUUCGGCCAUCGAGGGGUCCGGCCUCGAGAAGAUCAUUUACCGCGUGAAGUUCCAAGUUAACCUGAUCUGGAAGGCCGAGUACAGCAACAAGCAGGGCUCCCUCUUCCAAGACCUGGCCACCGAGAUCAGGAACGCCUUCGACAUCAUUCUGAGGCCGAUUUCGGGAGAUAAGACGCUCUACGUCUCCAACAUGAAGCAGACGAUUUCGGGCUACGUGGAGGUGACGAUGGACAUCAACUACGAGGGCUUCGGCGACCAGAGCGGCGCCCUGAAGCGGAAGAUCCGCGAAGCCCUCAACACGAGCCGCCUGGGAAGCAUCCCCGUCAACUCUCAGUUCUUCAGCUUCGCCGAGCACGGGACUGCAGUGACCUCCCCCUCAUCCUGCCCCGACGGGAGGUGGCGGUGCCCCUCCGGACGGUGCGUGGGGCGCUGCGACGGCCGGGAGGACUGUCUUGACAAAUCCGACGAGAGAGACUGCAUCACGUCGUCCUCCUCCCCGACCACGAGCUCCAAGGCGGACGAAGGUUGUCGCGGAGAUGACCAGUUCCGCUGUGCAGGCGACGAGGAAAAGUAUGUGUGUGAAGUACAGCGGUGCGACGGUCACAAUGACUGCCCGCAAGGAGAUGACGAAGUAGGCUGCGAUUGUGAACCAGGAAACUUCGUGUGUGAUGAUGUGAGAUGUAUGCCUGAUGAAAAGAGAUGCGAUGGCUCGAGAGACUGCGUGGAUAACUCGGACGAGGAAAAUUGCGCACGACCAACGUGUCGUUCGGACGACCAGGGACCCAGGACGUGUGACGAUGGUACGACCUACGCCUGUUUCUGUGACGAUGUGAGGGAGUGUCCCGGAGGAGAAGACGAGGCCGGGUGCGGCUCAAGCGGGUGCAGACAGGACCAGUUCUCCUGCUCCGACGGCACGCAGUGCAUCGAGAGCAACCAAGUGUGCGACGGGAUCCAGGAUUGCUUCGACAACAGUGACGAAGACUCGGCCAAGUGCACCGUGACUCCCGCACGACCAACGUGUCGUUCGGACGACCAGGGGCCCAGGACGUGUGACGAUGGCACGACCUACGCCUGUUUCUGUGACGGCGUGAGGGAGUGUCCCGGAGGAGAGGACGAGGCCGGGUGCGGCUCAAGCGGGUGCAGACAGGACCAGUUCUCCUGCUCCGACGGCACGCAGUGCAUCGAGAGCAACCAAGUGUGCGACGGGAUCCAGGAUUGCUUCGACAACAGUGACGAAGACUCGGCCAAGUGCACCGUGACUCCCGCACGACCAACGUGUCGUUCGGACGACCAGGGACCCAGGACGUGUGACGAUGGCACGACCUACGCCUGUUUCUGUGACGGCGUGAGGGAGUGUCCCGGAGGAGAGGACGAGGCCGGGUGCGGCUCAAGCGGCUGUAGACCGAGUGAGUUUGCGUGCGACCAGAACUCGGUGUGUCUCGAUAUCGCGCAAGUCUGUGACACUUUCCCCGACUGUCGCGACGGCUCUGACGAGGACCCCGUCACUUGCAGCAUUACUGUGUUGUCAACAACAACGACGUCAACAACCACAACACCUGUACCGCCUACAACAACAACCGUUCCGACUACUACAACAACCGUUCCGACUACAACAACAACAGUUCCGACUACAACAACAACAGUACCGACUACAACAACAACAGUUCCAACUACAACAACAACCGUACCGUCUACGACAACACCUACUACCACAACGACAUCAACAACAACAACAACAACGACAUCAGCAACCACCACAACGACCCCCACGCUGCCCACCCCGCCCCCGUGCCCCCCAGGCCAGCAGCUGAUCCUCUGCGCCGACAGGGUGACGUACGCCUGUCUUUGUGACGGUAUCGAGCAGUGUCCAGACAGGGCCGAUGAGGAUCCACGGAAAUGUGGCUGCCCCUCCAACACGUUCGAAUGUGACCAAGGAACAGCCUGCUUAGAGCUCAGCCAGACCUGCGACGGCCGCCAGGACUGCAACGACGGCACGGACGAGUUGGGAUGCUCCACUGUCGUACCUUGCCGUUCUGACGAAUUCACAUGCAAAGACGGAAGUUGCGUUGACAGCUUCCGUCGGUGCGAUUACAUUCAGGACUGUCCCGACGGCGAGGACGAAGCCUUCUGCCCAUGCGAGCCCCCUAACUUCGAGUGCAUCAGUGGCAUGUGCAUCACGCCGGACAAGCGCUGCAACGGAAUUAGGGACUGUGACGAUGGCUCGGACGAGGAAGUCAACUGUCCGUGUCUCUCGAGCGAGUUCACGUGCCACAACGGCCAGUGUGUAGCCGGGAACCUGAGGUGCGAUGGCGAGCACGACUGUGACGACCAGUCAGACGAAAUUAAUUGCUCAGAAUGUUCCGAUGAUGCUUUCCUUUGCGGCGAUAAGCACUGCAUUCCCCAAGAUAACGUCUGCGACGGAGUCAACGAUUGUGAUACCGAUGAAUUGAAUUGCUGUGAAGGAUCAGGGGUGUUCGUGUGUGACAGUGAUGGCACUUGCCUUGGUUCUGACAAAAUAUGUAAUGGGAUCAAAGAUUGUCCCAAUGGCGAGGAUGAGAAAAGCUGUUCUGGCGAAAUGUGUCAGGCUGGAGAAUAUAGGUGCAAGAAUGGAGACUGCAUUCCCAUCUCCCAGCGAUGCGAUGGCCUCGCUCAGUGCAGGGACCAGUCCGAUGAAUCUGGUUGCCCAUGUGAUUCAACGCAGUGGACUUGUGGUGAUGGAACUUGUAUACCCCAAGAAGGCCGUUGUAAUGGACAGUAUGACUGCCGAGACUAUAGUGACGAAGAACAGUGUCCAAGAGAAUGUAGUCCUGGCGAGUGGACUUGUAGGAAUAGGGACUGUAUUCCUGCCUCUCAGCAUUGCGACAGAAUACCACACUGCGUUGAUGGUUCUGACGAAGAGAAUUGUCAAUACGCAUGUGGUUAUUUGGAAUGGACUUGUAGGGACGGAACUUGCAUUCCUGAGCAAGAACGAUGUGAUGGUCGUUAUGACUGUCCUGACUAUACUGAUGAGGAAGGUUGCCAACGAGCAUGCACUUCUGGGGAAUGGAGAUGUAGUGAUGGAACUUGCAUUCCUCUACAAGCACGAUGUGAUGGUCAAUAUAACUGUCCAGACUAUACUGAUGAAGAAAAUUGUUCACCAGGCUGCAGUCCCGGUGAGUGGACUUGCAGGAAUGGAGACUGUAUCCCUGAGUAUCAGCGUUGUGACAGAACACCUCAGUGCCUUGAUCGUUCAGAUGAAGAGAACUGCAGACCUGAACCUGCAUGCACUUCUGGGGAAUGGAGAUGUAGUGAUGGAACUUGCAUUCCUCUACAAGCACGAUGUGAUGGUCAAUAUAACUGUCCAGACUAUACUGAUGAAGAAAAUUGUUCACCAGGCUGCAGUCCCAGUGAGUGGACUUGCAGGAAUGGAGAUUGUAUCCCUGAGUAUCAGCGUUGUGACAGAACACCUCAGUGCCUUGAUCGUUCAGAUGAAGAGAACUGCAGACCUGAACCUGGCUGCAGUCCUAGUGAGUGGACUUGCAGGAACGGAGACUGUAUCCCUGAGUAUCAGCGUUGUGACAGAACACCUCAGUGCCUUGAUCGUUCAGAUGAAGAGAACUGCAGACCUGAACCUGCUUGUGGUCCUGGGGAAUGGACUUGUAGGGACGGAACUUGUAUUCCUGAACGGGCACGGUGUGAUGGUCAGUAUGACUGUCCAGACUAUACAGAUGAGGACAACUGCCGAGCUUGCAUGCCAGAAGAGUUUGCCUGCCUUGAUGAUGGCACCUGCAUCCCAAAGAGCCUGGUGUGUGAUGGGAGACCAUACUGUCGUGAUGGGUCAGAUGAAAAUAACUGUUCUUCGCCCUCACAAUGCCCAGAAGGAGAGUUCCAAUGUGCUGAUGGAAUAUGCAUUCCAAGCUACCUUGUAUGUGAUGGUCAUAGCUACUGUAGAGACGGUUCCGACGAAUGGGGCUGCUCGUCUAAUGAAGGACGAAACUGCACCAGUGAGGAGUUUACCUGUCGGGAUGGAACAUGCAUCAACAUAACAUCACGUUGCAAUGGUCAGAUUGAAUGCCCAGAUAACUCAGACGAACUUGAAUGCUCCUCCAGCUCGUGUGGCCCCCCUGAGAGUUUCCGCUGCGCCAUUGGCUACUGCAUCCGAGCAGAGCAGCGUUGUGAUGGAACCACUGAUUGUCAAGACGCCAGUGAUGAAAAAGAUUGUCCACCUUUGUGCACGAAUAAUGAGUUUCGGUGUGGCGAUGGUACUUGCAUCCCCCGGGAGAAUAAAUGCAAUGGGAGGCCAGAUUGCCGUGACCAAACGGAUGAGGACGACUGUACUUACACCUGCCGGCCAGACCAGUUCCGCUGUGAGAAUGGAGAGUGUCUUGAUGCCAGCCAGCGUUGCAAUGGAAGGGAGGAAUGCAAUCGUGGGGAAGAUGAACGAGGAUGUGAUAAUCGACAAUGUACGGCAGACGAGUUCAAGUGUAAAGAUGGUGGAUGCAUAGAGAAGGAGUGGAGGUGUGACAAUGUGCCCGACUGCGCUGAUGCCUCGGAUGAAAUUGAUUGUUGCAGUACCAGUGAAUUCCAGUGUGGUGAUGGUUUUUGCAUCCCAGACUUCAAAAAAUGCGAUGGAACCUAUGACUGUAUUGAUGGAUCUGAUGAGCGUGCUGACUGUGAAUGUCGCACAAAUGAGUUCCAGUGUAGAGAUGGUGCCUGUAUCCCAAGUACUGGGAAGUGCAAUGGCUAUGCAGAGUGCUUGGAUGGUUCUGAUGAACAAGACUGUGGCUGUGGCCCCAUAGAGUGGCAAUGUGAAACAGGAGAGUGUAUUUUCACCACUGAAAGAUGUAAUGGCGUAAGGGAGUGUCCUGAUGGCUCAGACGAAAGGGACUGCCCAGAUUCUUCGAAGCCUUGCUACGAAGGCCAGUUCCGGUGCAGCACUGGCGAGUGCAUUGACAACUCUCGCCUCUGCAAUGGUUACGAUGACUGUGACGACGGCCAGGAUGAGACUUUUUGUCCCUCCAACUUCAACUUCCCUUCCACCACUACCCCUGUAUAUGCCCCAGACACCUCAGGUUUUCCAGCAGGUUGCACUUCCAAUGAGUUCGUCUGUGACUCUGGAGACUGUGUUUCCACUGGUGUUGUUUGUGAUGGGAUUGUUGACUGCAACGAUGGCUCAGAUGAAGCUGACUGCGUUGGACUGGCCCGCACCUGUGCUUCUUAUGAGUUUACAUGUGGCGAUGGAACGUGUAUCUAUGACAGUGCAAAAUGUGAUGGUCGCUAUGACUGUGCUGAUGGAUCGGAUGAGCUGGAGUGUUCCCCAACUCGUCGUUGUGAAGACUAUGAAUUCACUUGCGGUGAUGGUACAUGUGUGUCUGUAUCUGUACGAUGUGAUAGACAAGAGGAUUGCCGUGAUGGCUCAGAUGAGCUUAACUGUCGUCCACCACGGUGCCAAGCAAACGAGUUUCAAUGUAGAGGUGGACGGUGCAUACCAGACUAUGCUCGUUGUGAUGGCAAACGAGACUGCCGUGAUGGCUCAGAUGAGCUUUCAUGCCCUACUGCACAAACUACGACCACUCAACCACCAUUCAUACCUCCAACGAAUCUUUUCCAAUGCGCCGAUGGUAAUUACAUUAAAGACUACUUGCGCUGUGAUGGAAGAAGAGAUUGUAAUGAUGGCAGUGAUGAAGUACAGUGCGUAGACACGGACACAGUGAACCUGAGAACAUACCCACCUGAGCAGACCAUCCAGCAGAGUCGUGAAGUGGUGUUCCAGUGCAGAGAUGAAGGACCUAUACGUGCUCCAGUGCGCUGGUCAAGGGAAGGAAACAGAGCUAUGCCUGUCGGAACAACGGACAACAGAGGGCGUUUGACCAUGCCUAACAUCCAGAUUGAGCACCAAGGCACAUAUUACUGUGAAGCACAGGGUGUGAGUCCUUCAAUGCCUGGAAGGAGAAAGCCUGUCUAUUUGCAAGUUAUUCCAUAUGUGGCACCAACCUUACCUCCUGUGGUAGUAUGCAGUGUCAUUGAAGCAACGUGCAUGAAUGGACAGUGCAUUGACAAGGACAAAGUGUGCGAUGGUGUCUAUGACUGCGAUGAUGCUUCUGAUGAGAUGCGAUGCAAUCCACUGGGAUGUGAACCUAAUGAAUACCAAUGUGACAACAAACGAUGUGUUCUGAAGACAUGGUUGUGUGACUCAGAUGAUGAUUGUGGAGAUGGAUCUGAUGAGAGAGAGUGUGUGACUAAUGCACCAGGAUCAGCGUGUAGAUACAACGAGUUUACUUGUGUCAAUGGCAGUCAGUGUAUUCCAAAAUCUUUCCACUGUGAUGGGGAAGUUGACUGUCUGGAUGGAUCAGAUGAACAGAGGUGCAGCAAGCCAAUUGUUGUGGAGCCUCCCCCUCGCAAUAUUAUGGUUCAAGUAGGUGAAACAUUCACCAUCACCUGCAGAGUCAUUGGCGUGCCCACUCCAACUGUCAUCUGGAGACUCAACUGGGGACAUGUGCCCGAUAAGUGUCAAAUGACAAGUGUGGAUGGACGGGGUACUCUAACAUGUCCAGGCGCUCAGCCAACAGACCAGGGUGCUUAUUCUUGCGAGGCCAUUAACAGCCUAGGUUCAGUCUUUGCUCAGCCUGACUGCAUUGUCCAAGUGAAGGGCAGCUCUCCUCAGUGUCAGCCUCCUCUCUUCAACGCAGGUGCCGUUACUACUGAGGAAUGCCUCACAUGCUUCUGCUUUGGGGCCACAGAACAGUGCUACUCCACAGACAGAUAUAUUACACAGUUACCUCCUCCAGCAAAUGAUUCAUAUCAGCUGAUAGGAGUGAAUCAAGACCAGUUCAAGGGCAAUUACAUUGUGCGUACGAAACAGUAUCAACAAUCGUCACGUUUCCUCAGUCCUCAGUCAUCUAAUGCAGUCCAGCUCAAUGUUGACCGAUCCAAGCUGGAGGGCCCCAGUGACCUCAUUGUGUAUUUCUCCCUUCCUGAUAGUCACAAGGGCCAGCAACUGACAUCAUAUGGUGGAUACCUUAGAUACAAGAUCAAGUAUUCCAGCACUGUUGCUUCACAGACUAUCAAGGGACCAGAUGUGAUCAUGGUGGGUAAUGACAUCACACUUAUGCAUGUCCAUGAUGGAGAAUUCAAGCCUGAUUUCGAAAACCAAGUGGAUGUAAGGUUUGAGAUUGGUCAGUGGUUCAAGCGGGUGGUGGGCCGCGGACAAGUUGUUCAGAGUCAAGAGCCUGCAAACAGAGAAGAAAUCAUGAUGGUGCUUGAGAAUAUUGAAUUACUACUGAUUCGGUAUGAUUGUGCUCCCAACUAUAAGCGUGUUCCUGAUGGACCUUGGCUUGGACGUUGUGUUCCCGAUGUUGAAUGCCGCCCUGGAGAAUAUGGAGACCCAGCCAACGGUAUUCCCUGCUUGCAAUGCCCUUGCCCUCUCACAACACCUACCAACCAGUUUAGCUCCACCUGCUUCUUGGACAGUGAUGGCCACGUGACUUGUAAUUGCCUGCAGGGCUACCAAGGACGGCGUUGCGAGGUCUGCGCCAAUGGCUAUGAGGGAAACCCCAAUGUGCCUGGUGAUUCUUGCCGGCCAGAUGAGUUCAGUGUUACUGUUUUCCUUUUAUUUAUAUAUAUAUUCUUAAUAAUUUGUGAUCCUCUUGUCUUGACACGCAUUGAAGUUCCUCCAUCAUGCGAAUGGUAUGAGUUCAUUUGUGGAGACAUGUCAGGCUGCGUUCACAAGGAUAAACGCUGUGAUUCCAACAAGGAUUGUCCUGAUGGCUCGGAUGAGGAGUUCUGUGAGACAGUAUGCAUGACAACCUUCACAUGUCCUGACGGUACAGUCCACCCCUGGUCCCGUCGGUGUGACGGCAUAAAGGACUGCUUCAAUUAUGAAGAUGAAAGGGAAUGUGAUGUGUGCUUUAAUAGUGGCCACAAAUGCAGUGAUCGGCACUGUAUUCAUUUUGAACGCAUCUGUGAUGGGCAUCAAGAUUGUUAUGAUGGAAGUGAUGAGUUUCCUGAGAACUGUCUGGAUUACCUUCCCUGUGACCACAUAAGCAAGUGGACGUGUGAUGAUCGUACAUGCAUCGACAGACGUGAUCACUGUAAUGGUGUUUUUGAUUGUCCUGAUGGGUCUGAUGAGCGUUACUGCAACUGCUCAUGCACAUCACCAAAUCAGUUCAGAUGCCAAGAUGGGACAUGUCUGUCAGCUAGAAUCCGUUGCAAUGGUCAAAGAGAUUGCAUAGAUGGAUCAGAUGAAUGGGGAUGUUGCAAUGAAGUCACUGAACAUACAUGUGGUGAUGGAACCUGCAUUGAUCGCCGCAGACUGUGUGAUGGUCAGUAUGACUGUUCAGAUUAUAGUGAUGAACCUUCCUACUGUCGUGAGAACUGUGACCCCAAUACAAUGCAUCAGUGUGGAGAUGGAACGUGUAUCGACCGAAGAAGAGUCUGUGAUGGUCAGUAUGACUGUUCAGAUUAUAGUGAUGAGCCAUCCUACUGUCGUGAAAUUUGUGACCCCAAUACAAUGCAUCAGUGUGGGGAUGGAACAUGUAUAGACCGAAGAAGAGUCUGUGAUGGUCAGUAUGACUGCACUGAUGACAGUGAUGAGCCCUCCACUUGCCAGACAUAUUGUGAUGAUCAGUAUGAAUAUAGGUGCAGGAAUGGAGAUUGCAUCAAUCGUCAACGAUACUGUGAUGGUUACAGUGACUGCAGCGAUGGCAGUGAUGAAUACAAUUGCCCGCAGACAUGCUCUGAGUAUCAGUUCCAGUGUGGCGAUGGGACCUGCAUAGAUCAAAGACAGUUGUGCGAUGGAAGGGCUGAUUGUAGGGAUAGUAGCGAUGAGGGUCAACAGGCAGGAUGUUGCGUUGCUCCUUACUACUUCCAGUGCCGCAAUGGAGAUUGCAUAGAUGCCAGUCUAGUCUGCGACUAUUAUGAAAAUUGUUAUGAUGGUUCUGAUGAAUAUGGUUGCUCUGUGGACUGCAAUCCUUCUGGUAGCUACUCCAUUCAAGCAGAUCCUGUCACUGGACUUUGCCAAUGCAAGGAACUUGUUACUGGACCUAAAUGUGAUCGUUGCAAGCCAAAUACCUUCUUCCUCAAUGACAAGACCCGCUUCGGUUGCAUUGACUGCUUCUGUAUGGGCAUUACCAAGGCUUGUACCUCAUCCAACUGGUACAGGCAACAGGAAUCUGUAUCAUUCACAAAUGAUCGACAAGGCUUUGAGUUGGUUGAUAAGUUCCAAGAGGUUGUUAUCAGCAAUGAUAUUUACGUUGAUUCUGGUCAGCAAGAGAUUGUAUUCAGUGAGUUCUCUCGUCUUGGCCAAGAGGUGUAUUACUGGAACCUACCUCAAAGAUUCCUUGGAGACAAACUUUCGUCAUAUGGUGGAAAUCUGACCUACAGCCUUCGCUAUGUGCCAGCUCCUGGAGGCCAGAGUUCUGCAAACAGUGCUGCUGCUGUGGAAAUAUUUGGAAAUGAUAUCACGCUGAGGCACUUCACGAAUGGGCAACUGAGCCGUUCACUGCAGGCCACAGUGACCGUACCCUUGUAUGAGGAGGAAUGGGAGAGACAGGAUGGACAGAAGGCCAACCGAGAGCACUUCCUCAUGGUUUUAGCUGACCUGGAGUACAUCCACAUCAAGGCAACAUACACCACAAAUACUCAAUGCUGAGCCUCGCAACACAGGCCAGGAUCGUGCCUUUGCUGUUGAGUUCUGCGAGUGUCCACCAGGGUACAAGGGACUUUCAUGCGAAGAUUGUGAUGUAGGCUACACCAGGAGAUUGUCGGGUGUUUACUUGGGCGAAUGUGUUCCUUGUGAAUGUAACGGACAUUCUGAAGAGUGUGACCCAGAUACAAGUGUCUGCAGUAACUGCCGAGAUAACACAAGUGGUGAUUUCUGUGAACUCUGUGCCCCAGGCUUUGUUAUGAACAGGCUUGGAAGGUGUGAACGGGAAGAAAAUGGUUAUUCAUGCAACUGCGACCCCAGAGGAUCAUUGACCGAGUCAUGCCAGUACGGCAUCUGUCAGUGCAAGGCAAAUGUCCGUGGUGAAUACUGUGAUGCUUGUGAAGCUGGCUAUUUUGAUCUGUCAGAAGAAAACCCUGAUGGUUGUCUGAAGUGUUGGUGCAGUGGGGCUACCUCACAGUGUUUCUCCUCAAACUACUACAGAACCCAGUUGCCAAUGCAGCUCCUUACUGACCAUGGAUUCACUCUCUCAAACCGACUGAGAUCGAAUGUUAUCCGUGAUGGAUUUGGCCUCAACUUAGCAAAUAAUGAAAUCUCAUUUGAAAACUUUGAUGAACUGAGUGGAGUAGAAUCAUAUUAUUGGUCACUUCCACAGAUGUUUACUGGAAACCGCCUUGCUUCGUAUGGAGGAAACCUCACCAUAACUCAGAGAUAUGUCGCCUUUCCUGGCAGCAACACCUUUGCCGACCCAGAUGUCAUUAUUAGGAGUGCAGGUGGCCUAGAGUUCAUUUGGAUGAUCUCUCGUUCCCUUCCACAAAAUGCUCUUCAGACAUACACUGUUCCUCUCAUUGAAACCAGCUUUACUAUGAAUCAACAGCCAGCAUCCAGGUCUGAGUUCCUAAAGGCACUGUCAUCUGUUGAGGCCAUUUUGGUGCGUGCAACACCAAGCAACCGCAUGAGAGCCACUUAUCUGAGAGAUGUGAUUAUGGACACAGCAGUACCAUCAAACACAGGGCAGCCGAGAGCAGUCAAAGUAGAGCAGUGUCAGUGCCCACCAGAGUACAGUGGGCUGUCAUGUGAGCAAUGUCGACCUGGCUACUACAGAGACAUUUUCACCAACACAUGUGAGCCUUGCCGCUGCAAUGGACACGAGGAGUCAUGCGCCCAGCUGCCCAGUGGGGAAGUCAGGUGUAAAUGCUUGCCUGGCUAUUAUGGCAACAACUGCGAAGGCUCAGGUCUAGUGCUAGAGCUCAAGCCAACAAAAGUAGUCUUCAAGCAAGAUGAUUAUGAACUCUAUGAAAACUUCACGUGCUUGUAUCAUGCAUAUGAGCCGUACCAUAUCUGGUUCACCAUCGAGCCAGAGUCGGUAAAGGAUGAUGACCCACUUGCUCUAAUGGAUGUAAGAUUGCCAUAUAAUACAGAGGAGUACAGAAAUGGAGAGAAGCACUUCAUAACCCUACGCCUCAUCAACGGUCAUAGAACAGUAACAUGCCGAGUUUUUGAUGAGAAAAACAUGGAAGUAGCCCAGAUGGUCUCACAAAUUAUAUAUAUUGGUGGAGGCAGAAGAGCACGUCUACCAACACCAACUGUAGAUGAUGGAUCAGUGUCACUUGUGGUUACUACACCAACCAUUCAAGUUGCAGCUGUUGGCUCCACAGUACAGAUGCAUUGUCAAGCACGCUCACUUAAAGGACCACAGAACCGAGUAUCAGUCACCUGGAAUAGAGCCAAUGGGGAAUUGCCUUAUGGCAGAGCGCAAGAUAAUCGUCAGGGCCUGCUCGUCAUUAGUGAGGUGCAAGUCUCAGACAGUGGAACAUACAUUUGUACAGCAUCAGAUGGCUUCCACAUUGUAACCAAGACAACUACACUGGAAGUAGGAGGUGGAAGCACUGGAGUACCACGAGUCACCAUUGAGGAACGACGUGAGAUCCUGGAACUGAGGCGUGGUCACACCCUAGAAGUGCGGUGUUCUGCCCAGGGUAGUCCUCGUCCUCAGGUGCUCUGGUCUCAUGGGCCGAACCGCGAACGACUUCCCUUCAAUGUACAGCAACAGAAUGGAGUGCUUAUCUUCCGUAAUGCAGAUGUUUCCAGUUCUGGUGAAUACUACUGUACAGCAACAAAUUCCGAGGGAACAGAUUAUGCUCGCAUCAUCAUCAACAUAGUCGAGUCAGGAAUUCAAACACUCCCAGAACGAGUGCCUGUGAUCAUUGUACAGGUUUCUGAACAAGAGGUCGAAGUGAACGCUGGUGAAACUGUCCGUGUAAGCUGCAGUUCUUCCAGCCCAGGACAGCUGAGAAUCGAAUGGAGUCGACUGGGAGGAACUCUGCCAUCACAAUCAUCUGUAAGGAAUGGACUGCUGUCAAUUCCAAAUGCACGUGCUGUUGACUCAGGUAUUUAUGUGUGCCGCAUCAGUGACGAGAGGUCCAGCUUCUUUGAAGAAUCCAGCACUCGCAUUACAAUCAGUGAGACAUGGAAUAUGCCCACAGUCCAGAUUCAGCCAGACCGACAGACUGUUAACCAGGGAAGUGAGGCUGAGCUGACAUGUAUUGUAACUGGAAGUCCACCACCUGAGAUUAAGUGGUCAAAGGUGAAUGACGAGUUUGGCGUGGGUGUACGUGUUGAAGGUAACGUGCUGAGGAUCAUAAGUGCGGUUGUGAGUGACCGGGGAAUGUACGUGUGUACAGCAGAGAAUGCUGGAGGAACAGCACAAGCAGCAGCCAUUGUGGAAGUAGAACGACGCGAACCUCCGACUGUCCAGAUCUACCCACAAGUCAAGCAGACCAUCGUGGCAGGAGCAAGUGCCCUCUUCCAGUGCCACCUGACUGGAGGCAUCCCAACCCCCACAGUGCACUGGGCUCGAACAGAUGGUCGACCACUAUCACUGAAUACGGAAACACUCAAUGGUGGUGUCCUAAGAUUCAACCAAGUCCAAGGUGAUGAAGAAGGUUCCUACACAUGCACAGCUGAGAAUGAUGCAGGGAAGGUGACAGCUGUAGCUAUGCUGGAGAUCCAGUCCUUGCCUGUGAUCACUAUCAGGCCUGGACCAUCUCCAUACAUUUUGCGAGUGGGUGAGAGGAUGCGCCUGGAGUGCUCUGCACGAGGAGAUCCAUCACCUUCUGUAACUUGGCAAAAGCUGGAGGUCAACUUCCCAACCACUGUACCCAGCCAGUCGACAGCUCCAAAUGUUGCCGUUUAUGAAGUACCAUCUGCAUCAAAGUCUGAUUCUGGCACUUAUCAGUGCUCUGCUAACAAUGCUGCAGGUUUAAGUGAGGAGAGGAUCCAGAUUAUUGUUGAGGAUGUGCUGCCAGCAUUCAAGCCUGGUGGCGAUACCACAAUCCCAGUCACACCUGAAGCUGCCACCAUCUUUGUACCUAUUGGAGGAAACUAUGAGUUCUCAUGCAGAGAUCAAGGACCAGAUGCUGCCUCCACCAUAUAUGACUUCAGACGCAGUGAUAACCGGCCCUUGCCACGAGGCUACCGUAUUGAGAAUGGCGUUCUUUAUCUCACAAACGUUGACCAGGCAGCCUCAGGAGAGUAUGCUUGUGUAGGGUCCGACCGCAUUUCAGGAAGGAUUCUCUUCACCAUCUAUGCCACCUUUGAGGUUAUUGCUGUCAAAGCAGAAGAUAUCCUACCAGAAACACCACCAAAUCAAGAUGCUGAGAAAAAGCCUGGACUCUUAGACAUUUUAGGAAUUGGAGUUACUGAGGAUGUGUUUUUUGACCAAUUUGAGGACGAUGAAGAUGAUUACUUUGAUUCCUCAUCUACCCCUGAAGAAGGCUAUUAUUUGAGAGUAGAUGGUGAGGAAGUGUGCGAUUUCAUGUGUCGAGAUAAGACAAUGUGCGUUCUCUCAAGUCAGUUAUGCGAUGGUAAACGCAACUGCCCUGAUGGAUCAGAUGAAGAAGAGUGCUUGAAGGACACCCUGAUCAAAACUUGUGAGGACUCUCCAUGUGGCGACAAGCUCUGCCUUGCAAAACACCAGAUAUGUGAUGGUAUACCAGACUGUUAUGAUGCUGGAGAUGAACAGGGUUGCAUUGAUGACAUUUUCGACCUGACCAAAUGCUCAGAUUUCUUCAAAUGUGGUGAUGGAAAAUGUUACCCAUUCUACCUCAACUGUGAUGGCGAAUGUGACUGUAAUGACUGUAAGGAUGAAAAGAUUUGCCUCCGAACCAGAAGGCAUAUCAGAAAUGAGGAACCACUCUUAACAGCAAUCCAGCAAGACAUUGUGCGAUUUGUUGGACAAACGGCUGAACUUCGAUGUGAGGCUUCAGGAAUCGACCCCAAUGCAGUCUCUUGGUCUAGGCUUAGAGGCAGCCUUCCCUCAAACGCUGUCACUCGUGGCAAUCUUUUGCGACUGACUACCUUGAGGCCAGAAGACAGUGGUCAGUAUCAGUGUGAAGCAAGUGGUCCAACAGGAUUCCUGUCCUCUGUCAUCACGUUGAAUGUCCUGACGGGACGACAGACCAUGGAUAUCAGAAUCAUACCCAGUCGCCCUAAUGUAAGAAUUGGGGAUGAUAUUGACUUGACAUGUGAAGUGAGUGGCCAGGCACCAGCAUCAGUUACCUGGAGAAGAAUGAACUCAGGUCUUCCUCUUAAUGCUCAGCCACGGGAGAAUGUGCUCAGGCUCAUUAAUGUGCAGGCUAACUAUGGAGGAAUUUACCAGUGUGUUGUUACAACUUCCACUGGAGUCUUUGAAGAAAACUUCCCUCUAGCAAUUCAGGGUGUAAUUUCUUCUGAACGCGUGGACUUCGAACAUAACCAACGAUCAGUCAUGACAAGGUCUGUAGCAUUUGGACUUGGUGUCGUCAUGGAAUGCCACGUCAACCUAACUCCUCCUGUAUCAUACACCUGGUCUAAGCAGGGUGGGGACCUGCCUGUCAAUUCCCUUGUAGAAAAUAAUGUCUUGAAUAUACCAGAAGUUCAUACAGAGGAUGCUGGAUUAUUUGUGUGUACGGCCAGCAAUGCUGAAAGAUCUCUGGACCAAGCCACUUUACUGGUUGUCACAGGAGUUAUUCCAAGAUUCUCAGAAAAUUCUUACUUAUCACUGCCAACACUGCCAAGAGCUUACCUAGCCUUUGAUCUCGAAAUCUCAUUCAAGCCAGAGACUGGUGAUGGUCUGAUUCUUUACAAUAGUCAGCGUGAAAGCCAAGAAGAUGGAGACUUUGUUUCCUUUGGUCUGAGUGGAGGUUAUGCAGAGUUCCGCUUUGAUGUAGGAUCAGGCCCGGCUGUCAUCAAGUCUCGUCAGCCCUUGGCCCUGAACAAGUGGCACACUGUCAAGCUCUCAAGGGACAGAAAGAAGGGCAGCAUGAUUGUGGACGAUGGGGAACAAAUCAUGGGCAGCAGUGUUGGUCGAUUCCUGGGAUUGGAUCUAGUGAGACCAAUGUAUCUCGGUGGUGUGCCAGAUUUUGAGAGAAUCCAUCAGGAGGCAGGAUUUAUAACAGGUUACAGUGGAUGCAUCAGCCGGCUGGUGAUUCGAAAUUCUGUGACAAUUGAUUUGAUGAGAGAUUCAAAGACGAAGAUUGGUAUCAGGCCAUGCGAGACCUGCAUUGGCAACCCAUGUCAGAACAAUGGUGUGUGCCAAGAAGCAUACACUGAUGUAGGCCACAAGUGUAUUUGUCCAGCUGGUUUUUCAGGUGGACUGUGUGAGAAUACAGGAGAGGCUUGCUAUCCAGGUGUUUGCGGAACUGGUCGCUGUGUAAAUAAACCAGGAGGCUUUGAAUGUUUCUGUCCAUUUGGCAAAUUUGGACAGAGAUGUGAGAGGGACAUAAUGAUUCAGGAACCAGCAUUUGGAGAUGGAUCCUAUAUUGCUUACCAAACACCAAGAGCACUUAAACGAUUCUCUGUGGACCUUAACUUUAAACCUGAGAGCUUGGAGGAUGGUUUGUUGAUGUACUGCUCACAGAAGUAUCGUGGAGAAGGUGACUUUGCAUCAUUAGCUAUUCGAAAUAAGCGCUUGGAGUUCCGUUUCAACACAGGAAGUGGCACUGCUACUCUGCAGAGUGAACCAUUGUUGCAGGACGAAUGGGUCGAAGUACGUGCCAACAGAACAGAUCGCCGUGGAUCCAUGACAAUCAACGGAGGCCAGAUGCAAAAUACGGAAUCCCCUGGUUCAAACAGAGGACUGAAUCUUAUCACCCCAUUGUACAUCGGAGGCGUUGACAAUACCCGUGUGGAAAUCUCACCCGAAGUUGGAGUGGAAGAUGGAUUUAAAGGAUGCGUUAAAGAGAUCAAAAUCAUGGACCAACAAGUUCGCAUGGCAGAAUCACUAGUGGACUCUGCCAAUGUUGGACAGUGUGGAGGUGCCACCAUCGCUUUCUGCAGCACAAACCCUUGUCUCAACAAUGGACAGUGUUCUGAGGAUCCAGGCUCACCACAUGGGUACUCUUGCUCUUGUCAAGAGGGAUACAGUGGCCACAAUUGUGAGAUGGAGCCUGGAGUCUGCACCAUUAUCCGACCAUGCAAAAAUGGUGCUUCAUGUGUAGGAUCAAGAAAUGAAUACUCCUGUAAUUGUCCACUUGGUUUUGCUGGCCAGCAUUGUGAACACAAUGUAGACAUACGUGAAUCAGCAUCUUUCUCUGGGGAUUCUUGGGUGGAGUUUGACAAGCUGAUGUUGCCACAAGAGGAUGGACAGGCUCAGAAACUCACCUUUGAAUUCUCAACAAUAAAACCUGAUGGACUUCUCUUCUGGUACGGGCAAGAACCAACAGUGUCUGGCCGAGGACAGGACUACAUCAGCGUUGCCAUUAAGGACGGAAUAAUAGAAUUCACGUUUGAUGUUGGUACUGGACCAGCCAUGGAAAGGGUCACCGAUUCGUGUUGACGUGGAAGCGGAAACACACUACAAUGAGAGGGGGAGAAAAGGGAUUACUUGAGUUGGGAUGGUUCAGUUCGUGAAUAUGGACAGAGCCCUGGAAUUCUGCAUAUGCUGAAUGCUGAAGGCAAUAUCUAUAUUGGAGGAGUCCCAGACCUGGCUCUCAUGACAGACGGAGUCUACACAACAGGCUUCCAGGGUUGCAUUCAUAGGUUGGCAAUUGGUGAAGAACAGUUAAUCAACUUUAUGGAUCGUGCGCUGUCUGGCGUCAAUGUAAAUACUUGUCCAAGAACCCGCGGAAGCAGAAUCCGUGGAGGAAGAGGAAAAGGAAGGGGACGCCAAAGGGGAUAGUAUGCAGCGCUAAGGAGAAGAAAAGAAAUUACAUUUUGUUGCCAGUGUGAGGACUAGUCUUUUUGUCCCUCCAUUUAAACAGGCAAAUAGUAGUAUUGGGUGAUCCAUAGAAAAAUAGGUUCCUAAAGGGAUAAUUGUGCCUUGUUGCAGUGAGCGUGCCCAUUAGGCUAAAAGGUGCAUGCUCCCCCUGCCGCCUCCUAUUGCCAAUAGUCCUACAAUGAUAUAUGUAUCUUCUAAAUAUCCUAGUCCAAGAAAUUCCAGUGUUAUCAAAGAAGGUUGUCCCAGCCAUUAGCUGCAAGACAGCUGAUACAAACUGCCACAAGUCCAACCAAUCCAGGGUGUUCAACAUUUCUAUCUCAAAUAGCUUUUGUAAGCACUAAAACAUUAUUUUUAUUAUAAUCAACUUAUAACAGCAAUAUUAUGCACUUCAUGCAAUAUUUGUGCCAAAAGGACACAUUGUUUCUCUAAAUGUAAGUUUGUGAUUGUUGAGACCCUCUUAUGGGAAAAUUGUUGUACUUGAAGCAAUAGUUUUGUCUGUGACAUUUAUUGUGAUGUGAGAGCUUCUAUGUGUGUCUCCCCAGAUGCUUGGUGGUGUUGUAUGUGACAUCUUGUAACAUGUUGUUGUUUUUAGUGUUAUAUCUAACCUUAUUCACAAUGGUGGUGAGCUCUCAAAAGGUGUAUGUGCUCCCCAAAUACAAUGCUUGUCUUUACUCAUGAUAUAGGUGAGCCUCAUAAAAAGAUUGAUAUACUCUUGUUGAAUAUGAUCAUUAUUUUUCUUUGGUGUGUGUGAAGUUACGACCUUUGGUAAUAUUUUUGCUAAGAAAGGAAAAUGUGAAGAAAACAAUAUUGCCUUGUGAUUGCAUGAAGACCAAAUUUGCAGCUUUAUUUCCUUUUUUUAAUAUUUUCUUUUCUUUUUUUUCAUUUAUCAUCCUUAUUAUUAUUGUGUUUCAAUUGUUGAUUUAAUUUUCUUCAGCUGACAAUGGUGCUACCAGGAUGAACGUUUACUUCUUACUUAAGAUGUAAAAUAGUUGUGUAACUUAAGUUUAUUAUGUUAAUUAACUUUUGCUAUCAACACUGCCAUUAUGUUCAGACUUUAAUUUGGGUUUGUUUCUAGUAAGGAAAUCAAACUAACUUUAUUUUUAAGUUAAUCAUAGCCUGAUAACUGCCAUGCCCAUUCUUGAGUCCAAUGUUAAAUAGUCACAACCUUUUAAUGAGUCAGUGUUUUAUGGUUAAGACCCAUAUCAUGAGUUUGAUAACUGUAUAGUGUGUUUUUGUGUUGUGCGUGAUCAAUGAAAUAAGCUUUAGAUUGGGCUUCUUUGAGAAUUUAUAGAAUCAUCAUUUCUCCUGUAUACAACUCGCCUUCAAGAAGCACUGUUGGGCAUACGGUGUAAGAUCCAGGACCUUACGGAUCAUGGAUCAGUUGAUAUUAUACCAUCAUGUGCUUCAUGCCCUGUAUUUGCCAAGGUCUUAGGUGUUGAGAUGUCCAUACUGUCAUUUUUAAAAGAUUAUGCACAUGGAAGUCGCACAGCUGUCUGUACUCUUUCAUGAUGAAUGUAAUUUAAACAAUGCCCAGUUGUUUUGUAAUGUGAUCAACAGUCCUACAGUUUGGCCAUGAUUUUCAUUUAAGUUCUUAGCAAGUAAUCAUUGGGGUCCUGAGAAUUUGUGAACAAGGUUUCUGUUGUAAGAUCAAGCAACAUGGCAUAUUAUUAAGGCAUUUUUUUCUGAAUUGACUAAUUGUUUCUUAAUUUUUAGAUUUUCAACUUACUUGCAGUACAGUCUUGUGGGUAUUCUGAACAAAAAGAAAGGAAUUUAGAUCUAACUAGGGCAAAAAGCAUCACAUUAAAAUCUUUUAUCUU